AUGCGAUUGAAUUUACUGCCAGUUCUGCCACAUGCGUCAUUGCUAUUCAUUGUUGAUGUUGUUUUCAGGGGUGCUUCCUCCAGUCUUGUUGUGAAAUUUGCCGAUACUGAGAAGGAGCGACAGAUACGACGCAUGCAACAAAUGGCGGGUCAUAUGAAUUUACUUAAUCCCUUUGUCUUUAAUCAAUUUGGACCAUAUGGAGCUUAUGCGCAGCAACAGCAAGCCGCUUUAAUGGCUGCCGCUGCCACUGCACCCGGCUCCUAUAUGAAUCCGAUGGCCGCAUUGGCAACGCAAAUACCUCAUGGCUUAAAUGGCACCGGUCAGCCAUCGCUGCCCUCACCGACCAUGCCUAAUUUCAAUAUGGGCGCUCAAACGCCAAAUGGACAACCUGCUGCUGCAGCGGCCGCGGCAGCUGCCGCCGCUGCCGAUGGCGUCUUCACAAAUGGCAUUCCGCAGACGGCGUUCCCGGGACAUCCACUCCAUUUAACGAUUCCACCACAAGGUCUGCCAAAUGGUGAUGCUGCCGCCUUACAGCAUGCCUUCACUGGAAUGCCACCGUUUCCAGGAGUUGCCUUUCCCGCCGUUUAUGGACAAUUUCCACAAGCUUUACCACCACCUCUAGCGGCGGUUGCACCCACUCAACGUGAAGAUUUUCUGAUGUUCCCAGGAUGUUCGAUUUCCGGACCGGAGGGUUGUAAUCUAUUCAUAUAUCAUUUGCCGCAAGAGUUUGGCGAUGCGGAAUUGAUGCAGAUGUUCCUGCCAUUUGGUAAUGUGAUCAGUUCAAAGGUCUUCAUUGAUCGUGCUACAAAUCAAAGUAAAUGUUUUGGUUUUGUUUCAUUCGAUAAUCCUGCCAGCGCUCAAGCGGCCAUUCAGGCAAUGAAUGGCUUCCAGAUUGGCAUGAAAAGACUGAAAGUUCAACUAAAGCGGCCAAAGGAUGCCAGUCGACCCUAUUAACAAUCGGAGUUCCUUAAAGCGUUACACAACAUUAACAAUUACAAACGAUUACUUCUUGCGAGAAUAAUGAUGAAACAGUAAUUCCAAAAGCAACAAAAAAAAGUUAUAUAUACAACAAAAAAAUCCCUAUUACCAAAUAGAACAAAAAAAUUGAAACAAAACUAAAGAAAGCGCAGCAAACAAAACUCGAAAUUCAACAACAGUCAGCAGUAGAAACUCCCAGCAACAGCCGAAGGAAUAAUAGCAGAAAAUAGUAGUCUUCAGAUUCCGUUUCAAAUUAAAAGAAUGAGACCUUAACAUAAAUCCACUAUCCAACAAAUGUGCAAGUUUACAAUAAUGAAUUGAAUAUCCUAAUAAAAGCCGACAACAAAUACACAACAAACAAAAUAAAAGAGGUCAGACAACAGUUCACAGGCAAAAUCAUUCAACCAAGCAAAUUAAAAGAGUCUUACCCAAUGAUGUAAAUCCAGCUUCCUAUCGCCUAACCAGCCGGUCGAUCCGAUACCAAACACAAGCUUUCAUCGAAGCGCCUCUAAACAAUUGAUUAUAUGAUUACAACACGUCAACACACACACAAGCAAAUAAGUAUAAAAGUGGAAUUCAUUUUUUCGAAACGUCAAUGAAAACCAACACGCUGAUGAAGUGUGUAAUGAAACAAUGUUAUUAAAAAUUAAUGAAUAUAUACAAAAAAACCAAAAAAAAGAAACAAAAAAAAUUUAGAACUGAAAUACCGCUAACGGAAAUGCGCGUACGAGUAGAAAAAUAAAAUGGAUGUCGAAGAGACGUUGAACAAUUUUUGCCAAACCAAAAACAAAA